AUGGGGGCGGCAAACCUUGUCCUUUUGCGCCACGUGGCGGCCAGUCAGGGGCUGAUGCUGGAGAGCACGGCCGAGGCGCUGAUGCAAGCUGGUGGGGCGCACUGGGGGUGUCCGGAUAAGGAGCCGAGUGCCAGGCUGGCAACAAUCGAAGCUGCUGGUGAGUUAAGUGAGGUGAUGGAUGCUCAAUGGAAGCCCAGUGGGGCGCACUGGGGAUGUCUGGAUAAGGAGCAGAGAGUGGGGCUGGCAACGAUCGAGACUGCUGGUGCUGCCCGUAUACCCUUUACAAGCGGUCUCCUUGUGGGUAUAGGCGAGACAAGGGCCGACAGAUUAAGAGACCUGCUAACACUCCGAGUCCUUCACUCCCGCUACGGGCACAUACAGGAGAUGAUCAUUCAGCCGUUCCGAGCCAAGGAGCAGACGAGGAUGGGGGGGUGGGGCCAUGCAGAAGUGGAGAAGCUCCUGUGGAGCGUGGCGAUGGCGAGAAUCAUGUUUGGGGCUCAUAUGAGCAUCCAGUCUCCACCCAACCUGAGUGCGGGGGACUUGGCUCAGAGUGCACUCAUAUCAGCGGGGAUCAACGACUGGGGAGGGAUCUCUCCAGUCACAGUUGACUGGGUCAACCCUGAGGCCCCCUGGCCACACAUUCAGGAGCUGGCGGCAGUCACUGCAGCUUCUGGGAAGAUUCUCGUGCCUCGCCUGCCCGUCUACCCCAGCUUUCUGUCCCUGCCCAACCAAGACACGUGGCUGGACCCCAUGGUCCUUCCCCACAUUCUACAACUCUCAGACAGCUCAGGCUAUGCGAGGUGCCAGCAGUGGGCGCCUGGGACGCUGCUGCCCCUGCCACCAGGUGCAGAGGGCUUGCUGAGAGCAGCUGCAGGAUUAGCAGCAAGAGGAGAUUCAGACGCAGCAGAAGCAGCAGCGACAGCGGCAGCAGAAGCAGAAGCAGAAACAGCAGAAGCAGCAGAACCAAAAGAUUUCAGCAGAGGGGGAUGUAUAGCUGUAGAUGCAGAUGGACUGCUGACCGGGACGGAUAGACGUGCCCACGUGGAAGUUGAUGACGUGGAAAGUACACAAAGUGACAAGGCUAUGCGAAUGCAUGACGUGGCACGAGCAAGCGAUGAUGUGGCACGCGUUCUUGAACGAGCUCUUGAGGGACGCUUGUUGUCUGAGGCGGAGAUAGUUCGGCUCUUCUCUGCACGCGGGACUGACUUCCAUGCGGUGUGCCGCGCUGCAGAUGGGCUGAGAGCGGUGGUGAGCGGUGACGAGGUGUCGUACGUGGUGAAUCGCAACAUCAACUACACCAACGUGUGCACCUAUGCCUGCCAGUUCUGCGCUUUCAGCAAGGGGAAAUCAGCCGAGAGCCUAAGGGGCAAGCCAUACCUCAUGUCUCUAGAGGAGAUCAGCAGUCGAGCCAAGGAGGCAUGGGAGAGAGGCGCAACCGAGGUCUGCAUGCAGGGAGGCAUACACCCGGACUUCACAGGGGAGACCUACCUCUCCAUCCUCUCGGCUGUCAAGGCAGCAUGUCCCGACAUGCACGUGCAUGCCUUCUCGCCUCUGGAGGUCUGGCAUGGUGCCACAUCCCUCAACUGCAGCGUGCCGCAAUUUCUCAAGCUCCUGAAGGAUGCGGGUCUGGGUUCCCUGCCUGGAACGGCUGCUGAGAUCUUGGACGACUCAGUGCGAGCAGUGCUGUGCCCAGAUAAGAUCUCAACCGUCCAAUGGAGGGAGGUGAUCGAGGCCGCUCAUGCUGUGGGCCUCCCCACCACCUCCACCAUCAUGUUCGGCCACGUGGACCAUCCCAUCCACUGGGCUCGUCACCUGCUGCUGCUGCGGUCCAUUCAGGAGCGGACAGGUGGCAUCACGGAAUUCGUCCCCCUGCCAUUCGUGCACAUGCAGGCGUCUGUGUAUUCAUGGGUAGCAGCAGCCCCUUCUGAAGCAACUCAAAACUCUUCUCUCCCCAACCCCUUUUUCACCCGCACAACUGUGAAGCAACUGUGA